ACUUUUUCAGACUUGCCUACGAAUAAACUUGUAGAAGAAAGUUUGACUGCGUUUACAUCAUACUGCUAAGAAGCCAAUAAUAGUUUAUUUUUUAUUCAAAUGGAAUCAAAACAAUAAAAAAAAAAAAUAGUUCAUGGUCGGAUUCGAUCCCAUUACCCAUCCGCCAUCUUGAAUUUUACAAAGCGAGAACGUUACUGAUAGACUAAAUCGGUAGUUUUAGGUGCCGAAAAGGUGCCAAGAGGUGUGAAAAGGUGCCAAGAGGUGCCGAAAAGGUGCUGAGGUGCUAUACUAAAAAAAGUGCUUUUUCCCCCUUGCCAAAACAUCACAUUUUUGUACGCUGGAAGAAUCGUUAUUCAAUUGUAUCCUAUUUCAGCCAUCCAUCAUCAUCUGGUGUAAGUUUAAGAAUGAAAAUUAUUGAAGAAAUAUUGAAAAUUGAUAUAUAUGUUGAGGUAUCAAUUUUUUUUAAUCACUAAAAAAAGAUAGUUUUGAUCAUCUUAAGCUUAAAAUGGAGCUAUUCGUAGCUGCAAGAUUUCUCUGUAGCGAAGCGUUAUAGAGGGCCCAGACUGAUCUUAAGUUGAUGAAAACACAUCUGGUUAUAGACUAAUAGAGCCGGAUUUUUUAUAUUUUACUUUUCAAAUUAAAGAUCAACGUCAAAAGUUCAAAAUUUGAAAAAUUCUCAUUAACUUACAUAAAGAUAUUUUUCUAACCACAAAUCCAGACCGAAUAUCAAAAAUUGGGCUCUAUUAGCUUCGAGCCACAUGUGCUACCUUUAGUUUAAGCCCUUCCCGAGCUCUCUGCUAUGUUUCGUUACUGAGAAAUCGUGCAGCUACGAAUGGUGUUAAGAUGAAAGUCGCUUUCCACAUAUGGUGGCGCCAGUAUCUGAUGCAUGUUUUAGGACUUGCAGUAAAACUCUCAUAAUUCUUGAUUAGAAAAACAUUCAGAGCUGGGAGAUAUCUCACUUUGAUAAAAAAUGUCUGCUCUAUUUCCUGGUGCUAUUGAAAAUAUUUUUGGAUUUGUUUUUUAUCGGAAAGCAAAAUUUUUUCGACAGUCAGCUUUUCAAGGUUUUCAGAAAACUUUUCUAAAAACACCUCCAUACUUCUUCAAUGAGGACCAAAUAACAUUGGAUCCUAAUAGUAGAUACUGUGGGCUAUCUGGUAAUGUGCUUAGCUCAAUAUCAACUUUUUAUAAAAAGUUAUAUGUUUCUAACGGAAACAUAUCUAUUUACAAUUGUAACAAUAUGUUUUCACAUAUUGUUUUAUUUUUUGUUCUGUACAUUAUAUUUUGGUGCAUGCUAUUAAAGUGAUACUGUAAUCUUACUAAGAAUUGGUGAUCAAAAGUAUAUUUAUCCUAUAUGUUGUAGGCAGGCAAAUUUUAAGUUUGACUGUAACGUAUAUGUCUUUGAUAUCCAAUAAAUAAAUAUAUUUUAGGCGAAAUGGUAUAAUUCCAGUUAAUGAUCAAACAAAAAGUUGUUGUGCAAAGGUUUACACGCAAAAUGAGUACCAGUCAACAAGUCUUUUUAUAUUUGAAAGUAUAAUUUGUUGAAGAAAAACUCUGUUUUUAUUAUAAUAUAUGCAGUAAUAUUCUAUUUUAAAGUGUCCAACUCAAAAAUGGAGUACAAUAUUUUUAAAUUCGGGGUCUCCGAAAUGUGUCAUAGUUUCCAUUUGCACGAAACGUCGGGAUUUUAAAUGAUCCAGUCCUUGAGGUUUUAACUGACGGGAUUUUGAAUGAGACCAGUUCGAUACCGAACUCACAUGUAUGACUAAUAUUAAUCUAGCAUCCGUUCUAACAUCCAAGGUCAUGGUGAAACUUCGACUGUUUCGACAUUGUCUAUUUUUGUAACACUAAGUAGUUGUCGUACAAAAGUCCAUUAUGGAUUCUAAAGUGAUAAUUUUUUGUAACAAUGAAUUGGAGUGAACAUUUUUUUUCAUGUUCGAUGGUACUUAUCCGAAGCAUUUCAUGCGAUAAAACUAUAAUGAAACUAGACAAAAGUAAAAUGAACAUCAUGACAAAAAAUAAUGUACGCGAAAACUUAAAAACUAUUAUUCUUUAAUAUCCUCCAGAGCAAGUUUUGGAAACAAUUUUUUCGUAUUUUAAUAUAAUCGCUAGUAUGUUCAACGAUAAUAUUAUCUCUUUUUUUUGAUCUUCUCAUCCUACACUCUAACAUCUUUAUAAUGACAGAAAGAAGCAUUUGUAUAUAAACUUUAUGUGUAUCAACAGCAAUUUAUGGACGUUUUUCUAUUUAUCUUUGAUAUUCUUCGUGGUAUAGAAUUCAUUUGGAAGUGGGAACUAUAUUAUGAAGAGAAAAAAAAAGAAGGAAGACGAAGAUAUGUUAUUUCUGGAAACAGUGUGUGCACAAAAGACGAGAUAUUAUUCUCUAAAUUGUUUUGGUAAUAACAGAUUUCUUUUUCUUCUUUUUUCUUGCGUAUAAAAACAAAAAAAGAAAAUAACCUAUUUGUCCAUACUGUAAGUGGAAAUACAAUUAGAGAGUUUUUCUGCUUAUUUCCUACGCCAAACGAACAAGACGUUGUUAUUCUCAUUUUCUGGUUAUACCACAUCCUUUCUUUUCUUUACUCGAUCGAAGUAAGUACUAGGUUUGCAGACAAUUUUUUGUUGUUAUUUAUUUUGUAUGUGAUUAUACAAGAUUUUCAAUUAUUUUAGGAAAAUUGAAAAUCGUUCGACAACUUUUGUUCGGUAAUAUUAAAUAAUCAGUAAGUUAAUUGAUUUUUAUAAGAAAAUUUCGUAACUAAUGCAACCGUUUUGAACAAAACAACUGCAUUAGUUAUAAAAUUCCCAUUUAAUAUUAAAUGUUUUUACAGAAUAUCAUUAAUAUUUUUUAUACAAUUAGUGUCUUCGGGAUCGGCAUUUAGCAAUGUUCUCAAAGCAAAGGAAGAUAUGCAAAAAUCUCCUGAACAGUUGGAACAAGAAAAACGUUCAGUAUUAGCUCAACGUAUUCAACCACUUCAAUUAGAUGGAAAAACCAAAGAUCAAUUAAUUGAAAAGGCUAAACAAUUACAUAAUGCGUUAAGUCAAUUGCAUGGUGCCAUCUAUGAAUUAACAGAUCGAUUUGAACGACAAAAAUAUGAUAUGGUUGAAUUAAGUGAACGAGCUCGUCAAAUUGAGAAAGGAAAAGCAAAAACUCGUAAAUCAAAUAUUGUUCAUACUGGUCUCGGCGGUGGAAUAUUCACUGGUCUAAACGAUGUCACUGUUCAAGCACCGCCAAAAGUGUCGUUAUUUUCACGAUAUGAACGAGUUACUGAUCGUCGUACAUACAAAGAUCGUCGAGAUGUAUGGGCUGAAGAAAAGAAAGCUCAAGAAUUUGUAGCUGAACGACCAAAAGCUAAAAUAAAACAUGUUACACCACCACCAGAAGAUAAUCCAUUGAAAAAAAAAGAAAGUAAAAGACAAGAGAAUGAGGAGUCACAUGAAGAAGCUCCAGCUGAAGAGGAAGCGCCUGCUGAAGAGCCAGCUGAAGAAGAAGCACCAGCAGCAGAAGAGGAAGAAGAAGAAUAG